CUGUAUGAGCAUCCGCGUAAGGAGGCUUCUGAUUUUCUGGUCUGGUGGAGGGUUGGGUGGGAACUUGGGCAUCUUUUUUUCUUGCUCCUUCCAAGAUCUUAGUACUUCAUUUGUGACCCAGAAUUACAUACCUUUGGGAUAGCAGUCUCCACCCAAGAAGAGGGAAGAUUCAGCAAAUCUCAUCUCCUGGUAGGGUGCCUUUCCCUGAAGUUUACAGUCACUCAGAGUCAUACUUUUCUCCCUUCCAUUCUCUCAGUUCCUGGACUUCCCCUCAGAGUUCUCUGAUGCCUUAGACUUUUCCCUGCUUUUAUCUCCCUUGCUCAGGCGCUUUUUACUCCUUUUCCAGAAAGCAGGCAUCACACUACCUUGAGUUGCUCCCAUUGUUUUCCCUCCUUUGGUUUCCUCCAUCUAGCCAAACUGGUUUGAGUCAGCUACACCCCCAUAUGAGCUCCUGGGGCUCUGCAGAUGGUGGCUGGCCAUCCAACCCCACCCCUGGGCUUGGCUUGGAGCUCUGAGUCAGCUCUGUCUCUACCCAAGCAAAAUCAAACCUGAGGCAGAAGCCGAAACUCACAGUACCUCAAGGCUUACAGCCAGGUGAUGGAGGACGAGGAGAAUGCAGUGGAAAUCUUGGUGAGCAACACGGAAGCUGCUCAUUCUCCACCCCCCAUUCGCUGCUGCUGGCUCCGCCUCCGCUACUUGGCAGCUACUAGCAUUAUCUGUGGCUGCUCUUGCCUGGGAGUCAUGGCCCUUGUGUUUGCCAUCAAGGCGGAAGAGCGGCAUAAGACAGGCCAGUCCGAGGAAGCACUGCACUGGGGGGCCCGGGCCCGGAGGUUCAUCCUGGCCAGCUUUGCUGUCUGGCUUGCCGUCCUCAUUAUGGGCCCCCUGCUUCUGUGGCUGCUCUCUUACGCCAUCGCCCAAGCUGAGUGACCCUGGGUGGCCUCUUCUGAGGGUCAGCCGAGCCCUCUUGGAUCCUGCAAUGUGGCAUUGCUUGGGUCUGGUGCCAGCAGUGGUCCUUCCUGGCUGGAGGAUUGUGCCUCUCUCAAAGGGCUUUGGAAGAGCUCAAGCCCUUUAUAAAAGGAGGCAGCAACUGGGACUGAUGAGGGGAGGUCAGCCUGCUCUGUUCUUUCACUGUUCAUCAUUCCCUGUUCCCCCUCAAGUUACCUCAUCCUAAGGGCCUCUACCCAGAGGUGGGGUUGAAGACCAGGCCUGGUUUUAUUAGAAUUUGUUUUGUAAUAAAAACCUU